AUGAACACCGACCAGUUGAAUUCGUCGAUGACGAAUCCACUUCAGUCGAUCGGAUCGACCAUUCCCCUCCUCAACAACCUACAGCUACAAUCGACCAGUAAUGCUGCUGCCAUGUUGGAUACAUCCACUCUCUAUCCGAAUGGGGUAGGUUCUUAAGUUAUUUUGAACUUUUUAGAAAGGGCGUGGCAAAAAAUAGGUUUUUCAUUGAAAGCAUGGUAAAAAAUGAUUUAUAGGGUAGGUCGUGACAAAACAAUGUUGUAUAAGGAGGGCAUGUCAAAACAUAUGUUUUUUAUUAAGGGCAUGGUAAAAAAUGUUUUAUAGGGUAGGGUGGGGGCACAAAAUAUGAUUUUUUAUCAAGGCCAUGGCAAAAAAAAAGUGUUUUUCAAGUAGGGCAUGGCAAAAAAAAUACUUUAUAAGAUGGGCAUGGUAAAAAAUUUUUUAUAGGGUGGGGCAUGGCAAAAAAUGCUUUAUAGGGUAGGGCAUGUCAAAACAUAUUUUUUUUAUCAAGGGCAUGACAAAAAAAGUGUUUUCUAGGUAGGGCAUGGUAGAAAAUGUUUUAGGGCAUGACAAAAAAAGUAAUUUAUAGGAAGGGGAUAAUAAAAAAUGAGAUAAAAGACAUAAUUUGUGUAUCCAUCGUAUAACUUGUCAUCGGCAGACUGCGGAACGUAAAACAAGCUGUUUUAGUAAAAUAAAUGGCAAGAACUUUCUUUAUAAACCAAAAAUGGCAAAAACUUUCUUUACAAAACAAAAAACGACAAGAACUUUCUUUACAAAUCAAAAAAUGACAAGAACUUUCAUUACAAAACAAAAAAAUGUGAAGAAUUUUCUUUACAUAGCAAAAGAUGGUAAAAACUUUCUUUCCACGCCUUAAAAUCUCACUUUAAAUCCAAAAAAUGCGACCCAGCCCAGUAGUCCAUGCUCGACCCAAACAACCCCACAGACUAAGGCCGAACUCGCUUUUACCGUCGUAUUUAUCUAUCCAAAUAUUUGUUGUAGCUCUCUUUACACAAGUUAGUCGUAUGUUUGCUGUAAAUGUUUAUGUUUGAAAUCCCCGCCCUCAGGGUUUAUUUGUGAGUUAUGUUUGUAAAUGUAAAUAGAAAGUGUAAACAGUUAGUGGAAGGGAGAGGGUUAAGAUGAGCUAGGGUUGAGAAGUUAAGUUCACAUAGAACUGAAGGCUGACUGAAGGGGUUUGGGUGAUUGAAGAUAAGAAGAAGAGUAUGGUUGGCACAAUAUUAAGGUAUCACAUAGUGUUGAUUAAAGAAUGUUAUUUUUAGAGUACGGUUGGGUAUAGAGUACGGUAAGGCUUAGAAUACGGUAGGGUCUAGGAUAAGGGACCUAGAGUACGGUGAAGACUACAAUACGGUAGAAUCUAAGGUACGGCAAGAAUUAAGCUUGGUAGGCCUUACAGUACAGUUAAAACUUGGGUACGGUACUGCGUAACGUAUAGUAGGGUCUUCAAGACUUAAGGUAUGGUAGGGCUUACGGUACGGUAGGACCUAGGGUACGGUAGGACCUAGGGUACGGUACGACCUAGGGUACGGUAGGGCCUAGGGUACGGUAGGACCUAGAGUAGGGUAGGGAAAGGCAAGGCAAGGCAAGGCAGAACAGGGCAGGGCAAGUGUUUUCCAAACUACAUGCUGUUUCAUUCUAAACCCCUGAGGCAAAAAAAAGAGUGACCAUUUGAUAAGUUGUGUGUCAUUUCAUCUUCUGAUUACAAACUGUCACGGUUUGGUGCGUUUUCAAAAACAGUCCAUCAAAGCGGUUAAUAUGGGCUAUCUUAUCAAUUGCAAUUUUUUAUGAUCAGAGCUGGUCAGUGCUGUGGACAAGGCGUGAGCUUAUUAACCGGUUUUUAAAAAUUGAGAUUUUUUGGAAAUUUUAAAAACUGGAAAAAAAGUUCUUGCCAUUUUUGUUUUGGAAAGAAAUUUUUUCCCAUUUUUGUUUUGUAAACAAAGUUCUUGCCAUUUUUUGUUUUGUAAAGAAAGUCUCUGCCCUUUUUGGUUUUGGAAACAAAGUUCUUGUCAUUUAUAACCAGUGUGACCUUAAAUGCCCUUUUCAAGGAUUUACCGCGGUAAUUAAACUUUUAUGGCCAAAAAAUUAAUGCUUUUGCGCAAUAUCUAUCGGCUUUGUCAUCCUAAUUUUAUACCUUUUUCUUUUCCUUUAUUGAUACCAAUAUUUACCGCAUUUUACGUUUUCGGGGAUACUGUAACGUAAAAAAUAUUUUUUUUCUAUUUUAUAAUUACUACUAACCCUUUUACAUAUUUAAUUGACUUUUAGAUAUUGCACUGUGCAACCACUAUUGACUGCACCGUGCAGUCGCUUAUUUAUUGCACUGUGCAACGGUGGAAAUUACGUAAACUGCACAGUGCAACCAUUAAUUGAUUGCACAGUGCAUAAAUUUUGUGAUUAUAAAAUGGCAAGAACUUUCUUUACAAAACAAAAAACGGCAAGAACUUUCUUUACAAAACGAAAAAUGACAGUAACUUUUUACAAUUUAUUGUGUAGUCUAUUUCAUACCUAAAAAGCGGGCUUUUGUGAUCGAAAUACGCAUAAGUGAUUAUGCGAUUGCUCAUUAGAAUGUUAUCAGUUGGGGGUUGUUUUUGAGGUUAUCGCCAACUUUCUGCUUUUGGUUUAAGCAUUGGCGACUCAUUUCCAAGUGCAGCGAAGACGAUUUUCAACUUUUUGUUUUUAAAUUUUAAGGUGUUUUGAAUUGAUUUUAAUUUUUUAAACGUUUUUUUGGUGCCGCAGGCUGCGGAUCAGAAGAAAAAUUUGUAUUUUAAGGUUUUGAAAAGAAAAUUCUUGCCAUUUUUUGCUCUGUAAAGAAAGUUCUUUCUAUUUUUUGUUCUAUAAAGAAAGUCCUUGCUAUUUUUGUUUUGUAAAGAAAGUUCUUGCCACUUAUAAGUCAUAAAAUUUUCGUACUGUGCAACCAUUUUUUAUUGCACCGUGCAGCCAUUUAGUGAAUGCACCGUGCAGCUUAUGUAAUUUCCACUGUUGCACAGUGCAAUUAAUAAAUGACUGCACGGUGCAGUCAAAAGUUAUUGCACAGUGCAAUUUUAAAAAGUAUUUUUGCUAAUUCGAAUGCACUUAUAAAUGUUAUAAGUAACAGGCAGACUGCGGGUGACAAGUUAUACGAUGAAUACCAAGAUUGGGCUGUUUUUUGUUUUGUUAAGGAAGUUCUUGCCAUUUUUUGUUUUGUAAAGAAAGUUCUUGCGUUUUUGAUUUGUAAAGAAAGUUCUUGCCAUUUUUCGUCUUGUAAAGAAAGUUCCUGCAAAUGUUCGGUUUGUAAAGAAAUUUCUUGGCAUUUGUUGUUUUGUAAAGAAAGUUCUUGCCAUUUUUCGCUAUAAAAACAGUUUUGAAAGCCAAAACAAAACCGUGAGCAAAACAAGUUACAAAUCGACUGUGGAGUCACGUCGACAAUGACUGUCGCGUCUACCGUAGCCGGUCCAAAAAUAGCCUCCACUUUUAGGUUUACGGGCCCUUUCCUGCGCUCGUCUAUACGCUUUUUGUCUUCUUGCUCUCGGAUCCAAUGAAUGAGGGUUGGUGUGGAUAUUAACCAUGAGGAAAUUCGGUUUUUGAGAUUUGGUUUUGAUUGGGCGGGGUAAAAAAUAAAAAUGAGGGUAGGGUAGGGUAGGAAAAGGUGGGUAGGUUAAAGUUACGGUAGGGAAUGAUAGGGUAGAAAUGACAGUAGGGCAGAGAAAGAUAGAAAGAAAGAAGGAAGGGGUGAUGAAGUACAUCUAAAAAACGGUAGGGCAGGCUAGGGCAGGGUAGGAUAAAAAAUCUUAUUUUUGCUCAAUAAAAAUAUUAGUAUUACAAGGUAAGGUAGGGCGGGAUAGAAGGGAUGAGGGUAAGGUAGGCUAGAAUUUGGUAAAAUAGGGUGUCAUAGGUAGGGUGGGACAAGGUGAUGUUGUGGGGUUGGGCAGGGUAAUUUAGGAUAAGAUAGGAUAGCUUAGGGUGAGGUAGGGUAAGGUGGGGGUAGAAUUGGGUCGAAUACCUAAUUUUCCAGUAUGCCACCACCUCAAAAUUUUUACCCUCUCCCCCCCCUUCAUACCUCCGUUUCCCACCCCUUCCCUUCCCCUUUCACAUUCCCCUCCCUCUUUCCCCCACACCUCACUCUCCCCCACGUUGUUACCGUUCCAAUUCUAUUUGUGGGGGCCGCGCUAUUCUUUUCUCCACGCCCAAUACGAUUGCGCAAUAAUAGGAUCCGCGUGAGGCCAAAGAAAACCUGAAAUUAAUAGGACGACUCACUUCUUCCGGAAUCUGUAUUGUUCCUCAAGGUAAUCGAAUCGGUUCUCAGUUGGAGUGGGGGUGAAUCGGGGGUGGAUUGGGAGGUUAUUCGGGGAUUGGAAGGGCUGUUGGGUGCUGUUUUUGAUUUGAUAAAGGGGUGUUUUGGCUGGUUUUAAGGGUAGGGUAGGGGUAGGGUCAGUUAGAGUAAGACAGAGUUGGGUAGGGUAGAGCAGGGUAAAUUAGGGUAGAGUGAAUCAUAGUAGGGCAGAUUAAGGGAAUGGGGAGAGUGAGGGGAGGGGAGGUUAGGGUAGGGUAGGGCAAGGUAGAGUAGUGUAGGGAAAGAUUGAGCGGAGGUAGGGUUGGCGGGGUAGGGUAGGGUAAGACAGGUGAAGGCGAGGUAGCUCAGGGCAGGGUAAAGCAGAGUCGAGUUGGGUAGGGUAGACAGAGAGAAGGGUGGAUAUAAAAAAAAAUUUUUUAAAGGGCAUGUCAAAAUUUAAAAAAAAUUUUAGGGGUGGUAAACUUUUCUUACUUUUUUUUUAUUUUAUGUUUAUCCCUUCCCUCCCCCCCCCCUUUUUUUACACUCUUAUUUACUACCACUGCCGCCUCUCUGCCCUCUCUCUGUCUCCACCGUCCCCCUCCCCCCCGCCCUAUCCCAACCUAUGAACAACAUAUUCAUAUUGCUCUGUAAAGGAUCAUAAACCUCUUGAAAUCGUCGGAAAUUUGUUUUUAUCGUUUUGCCCAUGCCUCUCAUUCGCUCGCCCCUCCACUGACUCAUCCAAGGUGCGGGCCCAUCAAAACUCGUUCGUUUUUAGUUUUUUCUCGCUGUCCCGAGACUUAUACGUAAACGAGGGAAGGGGGGUUGCGGGCGUGGUAAUGUCUUUUGUAAUGUUGGGCAGGGUUGGGGCAACAGAUAUUGAAUUAGGCAGGGUUUAGGCAAAGGCAUGGGCUUGAAAUGUUAGUACAGGGCUACUUUUUAUAAAAAGGCAAGACUAUUUGGGGCAUUUUUGAAAAAACAUUGGGCGUGGUAAUUUUUUUGAAAAUUAUUUUUAGGGGGUGUUUUACGAAAAUUCCGAAAAUUUUUUAUUUUUUUAAUCGAAAAUUUUUUAUUUUUUUUUAAAUUAGGCAUUAAAAAAUUUAAUUUUUUCAAAAAAUUUUUAAGGGGUAAUUUUUAAUUUUUUUAAAUUUUUUAUUUUCUUGCAUUUCUGUUUCCGUAUUUUACCAGCCACCCUUAAAAAUCAAAAAUUUCAGUUCCAAGCCAUGAGUAGCGCCGAUUACGCCAACCAAAUGAUGUCCACAUACACCGCCCCCGCCCUCAACUACCAACAAUACUACGGAACGGGCUUGGGCAAUGCUUCAUUAUACGGUCAAAAUGCCUACGGUGCAUACGCAGCAGACACUGUAGCCGCAUUACAGCAGGCCAAUGCGGCUUAUAACUUUAAUAUUGGCCAAUUGAAUGACACCUCAGCUAUUCCACAAAGCAGCUCGCCCUUGGAGGAUGAGAGCUCCAGUUCGAGAAGGACUAUUGGUCCUACACGGCGGGGUAGAAAUCAUGAAGAUGGAAUGGUCGCGUUGACUGAACAGGAGUUUGUGAGUUUUUUAUUGUGUUACAUAGGUGAGAAAAAGCUUAAAGUUAAGCUUAAAUUUACAAAAGCAUUAAAAAGAGGCCAUAUUAACAUUGACUGCACCGUUCAAAAAGCCUCAUAACUUUUGAAUCACAAAACCGUUUUACAAAAAUGGAGUACUUUUUGAAAGCCCAGAUUCUGGAGACUAUUUGGUGUCAAAUUUGUUUUUAAAACUAUGGUGUAAAAAGGUUUGGCGUAUACCAAAAUUUGACGUGAGCGAAAAAAGUUGUUUUUUUGACUGCACCAUGCAAAAAGUGUCAUAACUUUUGAACCACAAGAUGUAUUGACAUUAUUUACAUAUCAUUAGAAAGCCAAUACCCUAUAUUAUGUUUAAGAAUAAAAUCGGUUUUAAAGUUUCAGUCAAAAAAGUUUUUGCACAAUUUAAAUGUUGCACUGAGCGAAAAAAAGUUGAUUUUUUGACUACACCGUGCAAAAAGCCUCAUAACUUUUGAACCACAAGAUGUAUUGACAUUAUUUAUAUAUCAUUAGAAAGCCAAUACAUUAGGCUAUGUUCGAGAUUAAAAACGUUUUUUACUUUUAUUUCCAAAAAGGAUUGGCACAAUUUAAAAGUUGCGCUAAGCAAAAACAGUUGAUUAUUUGACUGCACCGUGCAAAAAGUCUCAUGACUUUUGAACCGCAAAACCAUUAUACAAACUUUUAGUACUAUAUGAAAGCCAAUACUGUACACUAUAUUUUAAAUUAAAAUCGAUUUUUAAUUUUACGUUUAAACAAUUUUGGCACAAGUUUUAUUUCUUUAUUACUCUUCCGAAAUUUUGACGUCAUGUUUAUUUACCUUAAUAAACAAUAUCAAGAUAACUUUUUUCAAUGUUUACUUAUUAAAAGUAUUGUUUGUCAAUCACUUUACAACUCUGAUAAUUUGUACAAACAUUUGAUAAGGGGACAUGUUAUACGGUGAACUGUUUCUAAAAUAGGUGCAAAUGUCCUACCGAUAUUUUGGUGGGACAUUUGUACACAGGGCGUAUUUUACAAAAAAAAGUUAAUUAUUUUCUUUUUUAAAUUAAAACGUAUUUUGUCAUUAAAUAUUUAGGUAAAAUUUAAAAAAAUUAAAAAUUUUUUGAAAAAUUUUGGUCCCGGCACGAAAACAUUUUUUGAAAGAUUUUGAGCAAUAAUGGGGGUUUUAUGACAUUUUAACUAGUUUAAAACAUAAAAAAGGUAAACUUAUCACGUUUUUAAGACCAAAAAGUACUACCUUAUAAUAAAAUUGGGUCUUGGCACGAAAACAUUUUUCGUUAAUUUUUGUUUAAAAAUAGGUUUUGACUUUUUAACAAGUUUAAAACAUAAGAAAGGUAAAUUUAUCUUGUUUUAAAGUACAAAAAAUUACAAUUUUGAAAAAUCUGGGUCCUGGCACGAAAGCAUUUUUCUCUAAAAUUUGCUGAAAAAACAUAAAAAUUUCGCUUUUUAAGUCAAAAAACACUUUUUAAAUUUAAAUUUAAUUUUUUAGUUGAAAAUCCAAAGCAGUGCGACAGGAAACUACGGUACCCAGAAGCCACAGUACUCCUACAUCUCCCUAAUCUCAUUAGCCAUUCAACGAAGUCCGAACAAGCGUGCCACGCUGAGUGAGAUCUACAACUUUAUCAUGGAGUACUUUCCCUACUACAAGAACCACCUGAACAAGUGUAGUUGGCAGAACUCGAUCCGCCACUCGUUGAGCUUCAACGACUGCUUCAUGAAGAUCCCGAGGACGCCGGACAAGCCGGGUAAGGGCAGUUUCUGGACGUUGCACGAGCUGUGUGGUGACAUGUUCGAGAAUGGGUGCUACUUGCGGCGACAGAAGCGCUUCAAGUUGCCUGACAACAAUAAGGACUCGCGACGUCGCAAGAAUCGCAACAAGAACAAUGAGCGACAAAUGUAUCAGCAACAACAGUCGAUAGUCAAGACGGAGCAUGAGGAUGAGAACAGAAUGGAUGAGAUGAAGAUGAUCAAGACCGAGGAACAGAAUAACCAGGAUCAGAUGGGCAGUCCCAAAAUGGAGGUGAGUAUUACUGUAUUUUUCGUUUUUACUGUUAGGCCAAAGUACCACUUUGAGGGCUACAGUAAAGCUACGGCUACAGUAGGGUUCAAGUUAAGACUGAGGGUUCGAGUUAGGCUAGAGCUUAGCUUGAGCUUGAGUUUGAGUUUGAGCUCGAGCGUAAGAAUUGGUGCUCAGCCUUAGGCUAAGGCGUGGACUUGAGCAUGACUAUGAGCAUGAGCAUGAGCUUGAGCACGGUCAUGAACAUGAAAAUGAACAUGGACAUGGACAUGGACAUGGACAUGAAAAUGAACAUGGACAUGGACAUGAAGAUGGACAUGGAAAUGAACAUGGACAUGGACAUGGACAUGGACAUGAACAUGGACAUGAACAUGAACAUGAACAUGAACAUGAACAUGAACAUGAACAUGGACAUGAAAUGAACAUGAAAAUGAACAUGAAAAUGAACAUGAAAACAAACAUGAGCAUGAACAUGAACAUGAGCAUGAGAAUUAGCAUGAGCGUCAGCAUGUGCACGAGCAUAAGCUGGAGCUUGAGGAUGCACUUGACCUUGAGUCUGCGUCUGAACAUGAGCUAUUCUUGAGCAUAGGGCUCUGGGCUAGAGCUCUGAGCUAGGGCUUGUAAUAAGGUGGGUUAUUGUAUAAUAUGUUAAUUUAUAUUCACUUUUUUUAGAACACUCUCCAACAGCCCAUCCCAACCUCACUACCUACAUCAAUGUUGAUCAACAACGGCCCCUCCCCUUCCUCAAAUCCCUCCCAAUCUCUAAAUCAAUCCGAAAACAGCUUCGAAAUUCCGAAUUCAAUCCCAAUGUCAUCCCCAUCCGACCAACAGACUACCGUAAUCUCGUCGGUAGGCCAGUUCCCCAUGCCAACCUACCAAUACAAUGGCUUCCCUAACGUAUACUCGAAUACGGCGGUCGAUUUUCAAACCCAACAAGCGCUACAGAGCCUGGGCGGUGGUCAGAACUUUAGUGUAACUCAACUGGUCGAUAAUAACCUAGACUACUACUCGUCGUACGGUGGGCUUCUGAACAAACCCGGAGCCAACUACGCCUAUUCACAACAUACCGUUUAUAGGUAAGGAGCAUACUGUAGCUUUGCUUAGGUAAGAAAAUUGUACUGUAUUUUUGUUUAGGUAAGAAAAAAUUGAGUUUAAAAGUUUUUGACGAAAUGUAACAAAUGUUAUUGGAAAAUGCGACAAAAUGUCACAAAAAGCAUUGGAAAAUUAAAAACGUAUUUUAAGCUUUUCUGAAACAGUUUUACUUAUUUUUAAGUUUCCUAUAGUUUUUGAACAUUAUUUUUAGUUUGCGACGAAAUGUCACACAGUUAUUGGAAAAAGUGACAAAAUGUCACAAAAAUUUUUAGGAAAUUAAAAGUAACAACAUCAAUUAGCAAUCGAAAGUUUUUACGAUCGUAUUUUACCUUUUCAUUGAUUUGACGAAUUGCCACACACUUAGUAGUAACUGUAUCGAAAUGUCACAAAAACUAUUGGUUUUUAAAAAAAUCUUAAAUUUUUAUAAAAACUUUUUGAAAUGCCAUUUUUAAUGUUCUAAACACUAAUUUUACUUUAUUUUCAGCUCGAACCAUCCCGAAUCCGAAGCCAACCUUUGA